GGGUGUGAGGGGUGGGAGGGGGCGAGGGUGGAGAGGAGAUGGAGACCAGUGACCGGUGUACUGUCCCCCCAAACCCUCUCCAGAGACUUCAUGGAGCUGCAGCUUCCUGAACUCACCGGGAGCACUGCCACCAAGCAGGCCGCCCGAGACACCGCUGUCCCGCCACCUUGAUGACAACACCCCCGUAUCCCCUCCUGGUCCAGGCUGUCGGGCAGCCCUCGAUCCAUGGCCUCUCCCAGAUAACCAGCAGUCUAUACAUCAGCAAUGGUGUGGCAGCCAAUAACAAACUCAUGCUGUCUACCAACCACAUCACCACAGUCAUCAAUGUGUCGGUGGAGGUGGCCAACACGUUCUUCGAAGACAUCCAGUACGUACACGUGCCCGUUGAGGAUGCUCCCAGCUCCCAGCUCUACGACUUUUUUGACCCCAUCGCAGAUCACAUCCACAGCGUGGAAAUGAAGCACGGCCGAACGCUGCUGCACUGCGCCGCCGGGGUGAGCCGCUCUGCCGCUCUCUGCCUCGCCUACCUCAUGAAGUACCACUUCAUGUCUCUGCUGGACGCCCACACGUGGACCAAGUCGUGCCGCCCCAUCAUCCGGCCUAAUAAUGGCUUUUGGGAACAGCUUAUCCAUUAUGAAUUCAAGCUGUUCAGUAAGAACACCGUUCACAUGGUCAGUUCCCCGGUGGGUAUGAUUCCGGACAUCUACCAGAAAGAGGUCUGUUUGAUGAUGCCGAUGGGAGCCAUCCCGGCCAAUCCCUGA